UGUUGAUAAUAUCUCGGCAGAUAGAUAGAUCUGUCAACAAUUGUUAUAAAAAAAAAAAUAUAUAUACACCUGUACGUAAAAAGUAAAGAAAUAGAUGAAUACAAAGAAUUAAGAUGCGUUGACAUCAUAUCGUUAAUGUUAACUCAUGGUUGUUUCUGUUACAAUUAAACUGACCACUCUUUCGUCACCAUGAUAAUAUGUGCUCGUUGAAGUAAUGAGAUACAUCCAGUUAUGUUGCCGUCGACGGGAUAUUUCAAGACAAUAAACUGCCCAUUUUAUGACAACGGACUCUGCGAGAGGCCCUAUUGCCACUUCAAACAUCCACGGAGAGAUGAUGGAACAUCCAACAUUGGAGUCCCCACUCAGAGUGUGGCAACGAACGAAGAAGAAAGGGUCGAUGGAGGUCCGUCGGAUUCGAAUACAUUUCAACAAUUGGUUUCUCAGGCGGUCAAAAAGGUACUGGCUGAUCACAAGGUAGCAGAGACUGGUAAAAUAUCACAGAAAAUUGUGUCAAGAGUAGUAGAAGAGCUGAAUCCAACUCUGAACUCGGUGGCAGGUUCAGUUUCUCAUCAAGAGAUAUUGAUUACUAAACCUACAGUGCAGGCCACGCCAUGUGUUUAUAAUCCAACGCCCAUAGCUGAGCUAAAAAAGCGUCAUAUACCUGUUGUACCCUAUAUGCCAACAAGGGAGAGCAAAGUCGCGAUCAAGAGAAAGUCUUCACCGGAUAGAUUCAAGCCCUGGCUGAGCAUCCCACAAGAGAUCGCAAACUCCUUGGACAAUACAGCAAGUGUUGCUCCAAGUUACUCAAGUGUUAAAGUUACCGAAAUAACUUACAAACCUACGGCCAUAUCAAGCAGCGGUGAUGCUUCGUUUGUGCGCAGCUAUGUACCGACAGUCAAGUCUGAUUCUUCGUCUUCAAACUCGUAUGAAGAUGGAAAUUCGAAUGAUUAUAUUUUCAAGAAUAAGGACGAGUAUCGCCCUAGGUCAAAGAAACGGCGCGAAGAGUAUGUGCCUAAGAAACUGAAAGCACCGCUUAAAACUGUGCAGCAAUUAGAAGAGCCUGGUAUUGGUGAACUUUUGAUGAGUAUAGACGAAAGCUUAAAUGCCGGAAAAGAAGCCAGUGCACGUCUAGAAAUUCAGGAUUCUCAGGACUACGAUCCAGAGAUCGAAGCCCAAUUUUCUGAAGAAGAAGACCCAGAUCAGAUGAUAAAUAGCGUAGUCAAAGGAGACAAUAAGGCAGAGGGUGAAGUUAGAAGUGAAGAUAAACCUAAGACAAGCCAUAAGUCGAGCAAUAGAUCAGAGGAUAAGCGUAAUGGCAGUAAAUCUAAGGAGGCUAGUAACAGCAGCAAGGCGCAAGAGAGGAGAGACAGCAGCCUCAGCAAGGAGAGAGGAAAGUCAAAGGAUAAGUCGGAGAAGGAUAAGGAGGGCAGGAAAGUGCAAAAAAAGGAUUCUGAGGAAGCUAGCACUGAGGACACGAGUAGAGACAGGGAAAAGCGUAAACAUAGUUCAAGUUCUAGUUCAAAGGAAAGACAUCAUUCCUCAUCUUCCAGUAGGGAUAAAAACAAAAGGCGGAGUUCAAGGGAAAGAAAGGAGAGCAGACACAGUACGCGGGAGAGCUCAAAAAAAAGAGAAAAUUCUUCUAGGUCUAGUAAGGAUAAAGACAAAAAUGAAGAGCAUACAAAAUCAAGCAGCCAUCAAAAGCACAAAAGUAAAUCAAAUUCGUCGUCAAGCAGAGAUAGAUAUUCUUCAAAGAAAACGGACAAGAGUCGGUCUAGAUCAAGUACAAAGUCAAGCAGUUCGAGCAAGAAAACGGAGGCCAGAAAGAAGAGCGACGACGAAGUAAGCAGCGCAGAAGAUCAUGACGAAAAGGAAAACAGCCCUUCGAUCAGGUUUCGAGGCUCGCCUUCAUAUUUGGAAGAAAUUUUAGAGAUCUCAGACUCCGAUCAUGACAUUGAAGAAGAAUGUCUGAAAAUUUUUCAGGAAUACGAGGUAACAGAACAUCCCAAAGAAGUAAGAGUGAAGGAGCAUCCCAGACGAGAGCCCGAAGAGGCUGAGGAACCUGGCCGGAAGAGAGUAGCUCAUGCCUCAGCUGGUCAAUACACCGAGUAUAAAAGGACUCCAAUUCAGCCGGUAAAAGCGCCGCCGAAUCCUCACCUAAAAUUGACUGAUAGGUGGCGAUUGAUGAGAGAAGCGAUUGCUGAAAAAGUUGCAGCAGCGGCUGCCUUGCAGAGUUCUGCGUCCUUAACCUCGAGUCAGACCUCAGACGCAACACCUUCGGCACUUCAGUCCUCGCAUAAACCAACCACAAACAUGGCGACAAAAGGAGAUCAGAUUGUUAACGGAAAUGGCCGGUUGAGGAUAGCUCAUGUGCCUUAUGCCACAUCUCUAGCCUUGGCUAAGAAAAAGGUCUCUGAAGCUAUGAACAAGAAUUCCGAAAGUAAAACGGUCGCCCAAACUGCCAAAGGUGGAUCUCGCGUUGCCCACGUUCCUCAAAUAAUUCCUCAACUUAUAAGGCCAGAACCACUGCAUGUAGCGACACAGAAGUUCCCUUUGAAUGUACGUCAGUACUAUGUGAACAUGAUGCAAGACAUUUGCAUACAAAUAUAUACGAACGGCGAAGAUGCGGCGCAGCGAGCCUUGAGGGAAGAAUUUGCGUGUCACGAGCGUUGCAAGGCUGUAGCGGUUUACAAAAAUUCUUGUAUGCUAGCCACGCACCGUCUGAGAAAGGAAUUGGACCAACAAUCUAGCGCAGAGAGCGGUUCUUCCCCAGCAAGCGGAACUGUUUCACACGAAGCUGUUCUCGCGGGUAAAUCUAAAGGCUCAUGGAGCGUUGUAAAAACCAAGAGAUCUGUUAUGGAGUUCAAGGGAGCCACUCUCUACGCUCUUCUUUCCAAAUGGAUCAUGACCGAGGAGCAACUCAAAGACAACGGUUUUCCGAGGCCUCAUCCAGACGGACCGACGGGUCGCGUUAAAAUCUACGUCACCAACACCCGGAAUCAGUCAAUUUUGUCCAAAGUGCCUAACGAAAGAUUCUGCAGUCGUUGCAACCAGCCGUACAUGGUUGACAAGCACGGAAAUGCGGUGCUUCAACAAAAUUGUAUAUAUCACUGGGGUCGGAAGUUUACGAUAAGAGGGGAGGGGAGGUACAGCUGCUGCCAGCAGUACGGAUCUGCGACUGGAUGCUGUGACGCCAAAACUCACGUUUGGGAAUACGUUGAUUACAAAAAUUUACGCGGUUACGUGAAAACUUUACCGAAAGAUUACAUACCGGUUGAAGAGCAAGGCGUUUACGCCCUGGACUGCGAAAUGUCAUACACAACACAGGGGCUCGAAUUGACAAGGGUGACGGUGAUUAACGAGGAAUGCAAUGUCGUCUACGAAACAUUAGUUAAACCAGUUCAUCCAGUCAUAGACUAUAACACAAGAUUCUCAGGGAUUACAGAGCAACAUAUGGAAGGAGUCACUACGUCUCUCCUAGAUGUACAAGCCACUCUAUUGACAAUGUUCUCUGACAAAACGAUACUCAUUGGGCAUAGCUUAGAGAGUGAUUUUAAGGCACUCAAAUUGGUUCACGAUACCGUUGUAGAUACGAGCGUUAUGUUUCCUCAUCGUAACGGAUAUCCGCAAAAGAGGGCACUGAGAAAUUUGUGCUCGGAAUAUCUUCAGAAAAUCAUACAAAACGACGUUGGAGGUCAUGACAGUAACGAAGAUGCUGUGUCAUGUAUGGAGUUGGUCCUUUGGAAGCUGAAGGAGGAAGCCAAAUCGCAAUAAAAUGUUUCAAGGGAUAUUCGAGUAUCAAGAAGAGUCGUUUUAUUUGCCUGUAGCUAAUUGCGUUUAUAUUAGCUGAUUAAUAAAUUAUACCAUAUUGUUUUAUACAAUACGUUGCAAUAACUGAUGUACAAUUUACCUAUUAA